GCCGGAAGUACCUGCGGGUACCUAGGGUCCAGCCUGGCUCCCGGAGCUCGCUGCGGCUGUUACUGUGUCGGAGAGACCGAUUAUGGAGGCCGUGGCAGCUGCGGCGGUGGCAGAGAGCAAGCCCGAUAAUGAUGUGGAGCCCAGAUGUGUGCACUGGGGGGAGCUGAGCCAGACUUCGAUUCCAUCUGGACCCCAGGAGAAGGAGACAGCAGAGAGUACACCAGGCAUCCCCAAUGGUGACAGCUCCGAGGCAGAGAGUCCGGCUGUGAGUGCCAUGUUGCAUGCCAUCGCUGCCAGCCACCUGCCUGUGUGCAGCCAGCAGCAGGGCGAACCUGAUCUGACAGAGCCUGAGAAAGUGGCCAUCCUGGGCCAGCUGUAUCACAAAAAGCCACUGGUGUUCCUGGAGCGCUUCCGCACAGGCCUCCGGGAAGAGCACCUGGCCUGCUUUGGCCAUCUUCGUGGAGACCACCGUGUUGAUUUCUACUGUGCUGAGGUGGCCCGGCAAGGCGCCGCCCGGCCUCGGACCCUGCGCACCCGCCUGCGUAACCGGCGUUAUGCUGCCCUGCGUGAGCUCAUCCAAGGAGGUGAAUACUUUAGCGACGAGCAGAUGCGGUUCCGGGCCCCACUGCUGUACGAGCAGUACAUAGGACAAUAUCUCACCCAGGAAGAGCUCAGUGCCCGCACACCAGCCCCGCAGGCCCCCAGAUCCGGCUCUCCCGGCACACCUGCCUAUCCACUCUCCGACCUGUUGUUUCAGUCCUACCAGGAACGGGAGCUGCAGCAAAAGCUGCUCCGGCAGCAAGAGGAGGAGGAGGCCUGCUUUGAGGAGGAAGAGGACAGUGAUGAGGAAGACCAGAGGUCCGAUAAAGACUCAGAAGCCUGGGUGCCUGACUCAGAGGAGAGGCUGAUCCUUCGAGAGGAGUUCACCAGCCGCAUGCACCAGCGAUUCCUGGACGGCAAAGAUGGGGGCUUUGACUACAGCACGGUGGAUGACAACCCUGACUUUGACAACCUGGACAUCGUGGCACGUGACGAAGAAGAUCGAUACUUUGAUGAAGAGGAGCCUGAGGACGCGGCCAGUGCAGAGCUAGAUGGAGACUGACCGUGACCGUGACCGUCCUGCUCGCCCCACAGGCAGCUCAUUACAAGCUGGCUUAGUGACCAGGCCUUCAAGACAGGCCCUUGGACUUGGCCCACCUCAGACAAUGCCUCCACUUCUGUUUGAGGGUUCCUCCUCCUCUCUGGGGACGUCACUGCCCCUCUUGCCCCCCCCCCUCCCCGCCCCCCCCCCCCCCCCCCAGUCUUUCCUCUUUGAGGUAGGAUCUUGCUGUGUAGCACUAACUUACCUGUUAGUGCUUUGUAGCCAAGGCUGGCCUGAAACUCAGUCCUCCACCUUGGCCUCCCACAUGCUGUGUGUGCAGACGAAUCCCUGUGCCCUGUCUGCCCAUCCUGUCUCCUCCCUUCAUGCCACUGCCCCACCUCUCACUUCCUAGGUCUCUUAACUUCUGUGUAUCCACCUUCUGCCCAUCUCUGUGUCUUGGGUGCUAUGCCCACAGCUGGACCCUGACAAUUGUCUGGUGGCUGCAGCUGUCCAUGGAUACGAGCAUCAAGCUCCACCUGAUGCCCAGCCCAGCUCUGAGUUUCCCCACCUCUCUCUGCCAGUGUCCUACGCUGGGCACCUCUUGCUUCCCCCAAGCUCUCACCUCACCCUUCACGCUUCCUGUCCUUGUUCAUUUCCAUGUAUCUCCAGGCCUUGAUGUCUGCUCCUCUGUCUCAGCCUUUGCGGCUCUCAUUCUAUGGGUCCCCUCCCCCAAGCCUGGCAGCCAAGGGCAGCAGACGCCUACCCUGUGGGUGGAGAGGUUAGGGGAACCCAGGUGGUGCCAGCCUCUGCUGCUCCUUUUGGACACUUGCAGGGGCAGAGCUUGGUACCCCAGGGCCAGCUUGAGUGUAGGAGGACCAUGAAGAGGGACUCCCCCCCCCCCCCAGCCACAACUUUCCUUUUCCUCACUUCUCCACCUCCCUCUCCCUCUCUCCUGUUUACACUCCCCAAAUACGCACAGGCUGUUAUCAUGGGUCUUGAGUCAUCACAGGCAGACACACAGCCUGCCGGUGUCCCUGCCCCCAGCCAGCCACAGGGCCCAUCCCACGGAGCCCCCUGCUGCCCUGGGCUAAUGAAAGCCAGAUGGCUGCCUGUGACUCAGCCAUGGCCUGUGGGAACCUAGCCGUCCUACCUUCCCAUGCCCCAUACCCAGCCUCUGCAUCCCCAGCAGACAGAGGCAACCUGCUCCCAUGGGGAUGGAGGCUAGCAUGUCUGGGCUUGAGGAUCCAAACUGCUCUGGCCAUACCUGAAGGACCGACCCUCAAAACUGUUGUAAAGCCAAGGUCCUGACCCUGGGUCUUGACUCUGCCCUCCACAUCAAAUAAACUCACCCAGGGGGUAAAGGGUGCCCACUUAAACUGUUGAAAGAUCCUCAGCAGCUCAGCCUGGGCCAGGCCUGAGUGACACCUAACAGUCCUGGACACAAGACUGGCAGUUGCCACUUGUCACAUAAGAUGGACGUGCCAAGAAGUAGCCGUAUGCAUCUGAGACCACCUGGCCUCCCAGGCAGAGCCCAGACUGGAACACACACCGUACACAGCACUUGGCCAGCGGCAAUGUGAAAACAGACUUCCUCACAUCUAUAGUGGGAGGCUGCAGAAGGUGCAGGUGUGGUAACCCUACCCUCACCUCCCCAGAGGAUGCAGUGAAUCCCCAACUGGGGUCCCAACACACUGGACGGGAGCCAGGAGUGUUCUUUUGGGAAGUUGUGGCUUAAGUAUUUUCACAGUUGUCCAGUGUUCUGUCUGAUCAUUAAACUUAUUUAAGAUAGAAGCUGCCACCCAUCAAUCUCUUAUGUAACUUUCUAAAAGCUGAGCUGCACAGCCAUUGAGUCAGGAUCUGGGGUUAGUCAAAUGGCUCAGACCAGUCUGCAAAUGAGAGACAGAGGUGGGGCCAGCCACAGGACAGGGAUUAGAUGAGGAG